AUGCGUUCCUUAGUUUUGUUCGCCCUCAUCUCGGUGGCUGCGGCCAGACCCGGAGGCCUUCUGGGCGGCCUUGGUGGAUGGGAUGCUGGACUCAGCCUUGGGCAUGCCCCGAUCGCGUACGCACAGCCUGCCCUCACCGUCGCGCAUGCCGCUCCAGUGUACCAAGCCGCCCCAGUGGUACACGCAGCCCCAGUGGCCAUCGCGGCUAAAGCGGCUACUAGCUACUCAUCCUUCCAGCGCGUGAUCCAUCCAGCAGUAGCACAUCAAGUCGUCGCCCAACCCGUGGUCCACGCCGCCCCAGCAGUGGUCGCCCAGCCCGUAGUCCACGCAGCCCCCCUGACUCUGUCGCAUGCCCCCAUCGCCUCCUACGGCCAUGGUUGGGGCCAAGGCUGGUAG